GAUGUUAUGUAAUCAAUACUAAAUAAAAUAUAGAGGAGGAGGAAAUUUUAAUUAAAAUGGAUAAAAAACAGGUGUGUGGUUAGAAGUAGAGAAUUUUAGAAGGUUAAUCAUUAUAAUUUUAUCCAGUUUAUUUUAGUCCAACUAUUAUUUUUUAAUAAGGAAUAUAUAAUAAUGGAAUGAAAAUUGGAAAAUGGGAAAUUAAAUCUUAGAAAAAUAUAAUGUAAUUUAAAAUUUUUAAUAUUUUUUUAGUGGUGGAGGGAAUUAUAACGAGAGAGGUCUAAAGUUCGGAUAAUGGGUUGAGAUGUAUGAUAAAUAUUGGGAGUUGGAUAAUUAAUAUAAAUUUAAUUAGGUGUUGCUAAGUGAUGUUUCAUGGAAACUAUUAAGAAGGGAUUAAAAUAGGAUAAUGGGAAAUUCAUUUUCACUCAUCGAGUGGUAUUAAAUUUAUGUGAAGAAUCAAUUCUUUAUAUUUAGAGAUUAUGGAAGAUACGAUAAGAAUGGAAUGAAAGAAGGUUUAUGGACAGAACUUUCUGAAACAUUUUGGGAGUAUUAAUUGUUUUUAUAAAAAAUAGUAAAUCUUAAAUUUUUUAUAAAGGAAAAUAUAAAAAUGGUAUUAAAUGUGAGAAAUGGAAUGCAUACUAUUAUUUUAAUAAACGAUAUGAAUUAAUGUAAUAUUUUUAUGUAAGAUUUCAACUUUAGUGAUGGGGAUUGGCUGUAUAAAAAAGAAGGAAAGUUUGGGGAAUGGAUUGUAUGGCAAGAGUUUUCAUCGUAAUCUUUUCUUAACAUUAGUUAUCUGUAUAUUAUUUAUGUUGGCACAUAUUCAAAUGUUGUAAAAAAAGAAGAGUUCUCAUAGCAAAAAUUUUAACAAUCUAUUUGAAUUCAUGAGCA